AUGGCGCUGGCCAGGGCUGGCUGCGGCUGGGGGCUGCGGCGCCUCAGCCCUGCCCGGGGGACGCUCAGGUCCCCUGGCUGCUGCCUCUCCACCAGAGCUGGCUCCAGGUCCCUCCUGGCUGCUGUGGCCUCGAAGGUGAAGCAGCUGAACAGCAGCUAUGAGAGGUUCCUGGAGAGGACCUGCCCCAGGUUCUACCUGCUCCAUGCCACCUUCACCAGAGGGGUCCAGGCUCUCUUCCUGGAGGCCAGGGAGGUCAGGAGGAUCAAAGCCAGGAUGGCUCAGCAGCAGCUCAGCAGCCAGCAGCUGCCCUACCGCGAGCAGGAGAGGCUGCGGCAGUUCCGCAGGGACCUGCUGAAGGCCACGCCCGCGCUGCUCAUCGCCCUUCCUCCCUUCGCCAACUUCCUGCUGCUGCUGCUGAUGUACCUCUUCCCCAGGCAGAUUCUCAUCAGGCACUUCUGGACCCCUGCCCAGCAGCUGCAGUUCCUGGAUGCCAACCACGCCAGGCGCCGCCGCAGCUACCCCCUGGUGCUCUCCAGCCUGGCCCUGGCAGCCUCCUCCCUGCCUGAGCCUCGGCUCCAGGGCCUCCUGCAGCAGCUCUGUGCCCAGGUGCAGGGGGGCUGCCAGCCUCAGGUGGCAGAGCUCUGUGCCCUCAGGGCUCUCUUCUCAGGAUCUCCCCUGGGGCUGAACCAGCUGCAGGUCUCCCACGUGAGAGCCCUCAGCCAGGUGCUGUUCCUCACUCCCUACCUGCCGGGGGCGCUGCUGCGGCGCCGCCUGCGGAGCCACCUGCUGGAGAUCCUGCAGCUGGACAGAGCCCUGCGGCAGCUGGGGCUGGGGCAGCUGUCAGAGCAGGAGCUGCGAGCGGCUUGCUACCUGCGGGGCCUGGACUCGACGCACCUGGGGCUGGCGGAGUGCAGAGCCUGGAUGGAGCAGUGGCUGAGGCUGUCCUGCAGGCUGCAAGCCUCAGAAGCCUCUCUGCUGGCCAACAGCAUGGUGCUGCUGUCCCUCAACUACAGCCAGGCCAAGGCCUGAGCCCAGCCAGCAGCCUGGCAGCUGCCAGCCUGGUGCCACAGGAACCACCCCAGUCCUGGGCUGGCCAGAGGGGCCCCAGUGCUGCUGUGCCAGGGCCAGUGCCAGCCCUUCCCCUCUG